AUGAACGGAGAAGACCCGCCUGAGCGACCCAACGAGAUCGCCGACAUCAUCAACGGCCUCGAGCGAUACAACCCCGAGGCUGUCGGCGCUCUCGAGACAUACCUGCAGGACCAAUGCGAGCAAAAGUUCACUGACUGCAAUGCCAACCGGACGCUGCUGAAGCUCUACCAGCUCAACCCUGACCGCAUCAAGGAUGAGGUCAUCACCAACAUCCUGGUUAAGACCAUGACCCAGUUCCCCUCGUCGCAGUUCUCCCUCGCCCUCCACCUCAUCAACCCCUCAUCCGUCGUCACUGGCGAUCUCGGCGAGGCCAUCACCAAGCUCCGCUCCCUCAACGGCGAGCUCGAGGGUGCUCAGUACGCCCGCUUCUGGGCCGACCUUGACGACGACAUGGUUGCCGACCUGAUCGCCGACAUCCCCGACUUUGAGGACCUCAUCCGCCACCGCAUCGCCCACCUCGUCUCACAAGCCUUCCGCGAGCUCAAGCUCAGCCACCUCGAGUCGUGGCUGGGUCUCGACAACGAGGAGGCGACCAAGAAGUUCGUCACCGAGGUUGCUGGCUGGUCUGUUGAGGACGACGGUACCGUCAAGGUGCCCUCGAACCCUGACAACGAGGCCAAGAAGGCCGAGAUCCGCGAGGACGUGUCCGUGGAGCAGUUCUCCAGGGUGCUCCGGCGGUCAUGGGAAGACACCGUUUAG